AAUGCAACACUGAAUGCAAAUUCACUUAUUAGCCAACACUUUCAUCUAUCAAGCGCCAACAUUUUGUGCAUCAAUUAAUAAUUUGCCAAAAAAAGAACCAAAAAUGCCAAAGAUAAAGAAAAAGCAACAGUCCUCUUCCUCGGAGAGUGACAGUGGACCCGAAGAUCGCAAUCAGCCGGCGAGCAAGAAAGCAAAAAACACGCCGGCUUCAUCGGCGGGAAAAGUGGAUGGAAGAAGUGAGGGAAAUACCUGGACGCUAGAGAAAUUGCGCUUGGUCACAAUCAACGAGUUUCGCGGUCGCAAAAUGGUUGACAUCCGGGAGCACUACGAAAAAGACGGAAAAGUCCUUCCCGGCAAAAAGGGCAUCUCGCUAUCGAUACAACAGUGGAAGAAACUGAUUGAGCAGGCGGAUGAAAUCACAGGGGCAAUCGAGAGUUAAGUUAAUCCUUAGACCCUACCGAGUCAUAGAAUAUGAAUGUCCUAGAACCAACAUGUUAGCUUGCUUUUCUUUUGAACAAGAAAACCAUGAAUAAAAACUACCUUAAAUAUUUACAAAGA